AAAUAUUUUCUGACUUGGCUUUCAAUGUUCAAACUUCAAAAAAAUAAACCAAAAAUAGUUAAAGAAAGAGAACAACAUUUCUAGGUUUCAAAAGAAAGAGGCUUUUUGUUCCUCUUCAAUCUUCUUCUCCAAAUGGACUCAACAUCCACUGAUGAAAAUCUUGUUGAAGAGAGAGAAGAGCUGAUGGUGUUUCCCAGUGAGAGUAACAAUCGACUUAUCAUAAAAAAGACCCCUCUUUUAAAACCCCAUGUCACCACCAUUGAUGGGUCUGAAGCUGUGAUGCUUCGUCCAGCUCCUUCUCCCAACUUAAAGGCGUCGUCUUUGUGUGUUUCCUUUUCUGGGUGGAGGUUACCGAACAAAAAAUUCAAGUCUUGGGCUCGAAAAAUGGCUGCUUUGCACAAACCCACUUGGGUAAAAUCUGGUAUUUUCGAAGCGAUCGAAUCAUCGACUUACAAAAUCCUUAAAAAUCCGUCCUUGAUCCUCACUCUCGCUCAAAAAUGGAGCCCCGAAGCUAAAUCCUUCGUCUUCCCUUGGGGCGAAGCAACGAUAACCCUCGAGGAUGUAGCUGUGCUUCUGGGUUUUUCCGUUCUAGGUUCGUCUGUAUCUGCUCCUCUCGACAUCUCAGGAAUCGAAGAAGCCGUUGAGAAACUGGAGAAACGAAGACAGGAGAGCAAGAAGCAGGUUUCAUGGAUCUCAAGCUUUGUAGAUGAUCAAAUGGAGCAUGAAGCUUUCCUUGUGUUAUGGCUUUCGAAUUUCGUGUUUCCUGAUAAAUCUGGCCGUUCGAUUUCGAAAGACGUUUUCCCCAUUGCCGUUCGUCUAGCCAGAGGUGAAAGGAUUGCUCUUGCGCCUGCGGUUCUCGCAAGCCUCUACAGAGAUUUGGGUAAAUUCAAAGCUUUAGCCUCUAAACGAAAGGUUAAGCUCGACUCGCUGUUUAAGUUGGUCCAAGUGUGGAUAUGGGAGAGAUUCAAGAGCAUGAGACCAGAAGCUAAAGUGAUACCAAGGGGUAAGCCUAGAAUUGCUCGAUGGAAUGGUCUGAAACAGAGAUCUAAGAACGUGGGACUGUUUCUUCUUGAUGAUUUUGAUUGGCGUCCGUAUACUAAACCUUUAAUGAACUGGAACCCACCUCGGUGUUACAGUGAAGAAGCUAAGAAAGUGAGCGUUGAUGAUGAUGAUGAGUUGGUUUCGUUUGCUCGAUGUGAGAGUUUCCAAGCUUGUUGGGAUUGGUUUUACAGAGGAGUAUUAUCCAAAUCGAGUGGCGAUGCAAUUCGGAUUGCCUCAAGAAAAUCUUCCUGGUUCAGUUACUAAUCAUAGCAGCAACGAAGCAUGUGAGGAUUACAAUAGGCCUCGUGAUGGUUCAAAGCAAUGCAUUCCUUCUCGUCUUACCAAAGCUUCAGUUACUGCUGCCAGAUACCGAGACUGGUGGAUGAAAUCAGUUUCCGAAAUGCAGACCAAAACUUUCAAUGCAAGCAAUACAGGUGAUGAUGAUGAUGUACCUCUUAAGGUACUGCCAUUGAGCCAGGUCUUUCAGAAGUUGGGAGAUGGAAAGAAGAAAGAUGAGCAUUUGACUAACAAGCGACGCAAGCGAGCUCGUGAGGAUGACAACGAGAGUGCAGUGGAUUGUUGUGAGACACAAGAUGAAGAAGAAGGCGAUGAUAGCAUUGCCAUUGCUCAGAAAAUCAAAUCUAGAAAGAAGUGUGGUGAUGCAAAGGAUACUGGAGGAGAAAGAAGUAGACUUGAAGUUGAUUGCAAUGUUUCAGGCCUUCCUCAAAAGCUUUCUCCUAGAGAUGAACACAGCCCUUCAGAUCCUAAUGUUGCUUCUGUUGGAGUAGCUGAGAAGGAAGAAGACGAUAACAUGACCAUUGCUCAGAUUGUCAAAUCUAGUAAGUAAUAUAGUGAUGCUGUAGAGAAUACUGAAGGAGGAGGAGAUGCUUAUGGUGGACUUGAGGUGAGUUACAAUGUUUCAGGCCUUGCUCAAAAGCUUGCUUCUGGAGAUGAAUCUGUAGCAACCCCAGAAACAGAGCAGAUUAGUGAAGGGAAUCCUUCUAAUGGAGCAGCUGAGAAGGAAGAGGAAGAUGAUGUUAGUGAUGAUGAGAGAUUGAAGCAGAGAAAAAUUGCAGCAAUAUGGGAGCUAGCAUUGACGCUUGAAGCACGUAUGUUGAAGGUGGAGAAGAAUUUGGCAGAGAUUAAACAAAGGAAGAUGAGAAAAAUCCUCACCAAAACUCCAGUUUCUGCUUAGGCUAUAUCGUCGCUUUUGCAGCUUCUCUUACUAAAGACGAAGAAGCUAUGUACAUUCCUCUCUGCUAAAUGAUAAUUUUGUAUUUAGAAACUUAAAUAUCAUCUAAUCAUAGAUUAAUGGACUUAAAGUAUUCUUAUAUAUGUUUUACUUAUCCACUUUCACAUUUCUACUUCUUCUUCUCCAAUGAUUGCUCUCUCACUCACACUCACAUCAUUACCUUUCUUCUACGCGCUUCCCUCGACUACGUUCAAGUCACGCGCCUCUCCUCCACGUAUCGCCGCCUCUUUGUCUCUUUCCAGAAGACCGGACCUUCGUCGACUAUAUCGCCGACAAUCAAUUGAGGCCAUGUCCCGUGACGUCCGCAUUUCCGAUUCACCGCAGGUGAUGGAAUUGGUAGAUGAAUCUGAUUUCCAGAAGCUUCUCUCUUCCGAAAACCGGAUCUCCAUCACCGGAUUCGGUUCUCUUCUCUCCGAGAGAAGCGCGAGGAGCACUUUCCCAGAUUUGGAGAAUUUCAGAGUCGCGAAACUGGAAGGAUUCCGGCGAGUCUUCGCCCACGCCGCCCCGAUCUUCUUCGAACGCGGGAUCGCUAAUCCAGAAACUAAGGUUGUUCCUGAAACAAUGGAAGGCAAACCUUUCACCAAUUCUGCGGUACUUUGUGCUCGAUACAGUGAUGAGGAGUUUUUCCAGAUUCGAUGUAAAGGAAACAAAGAGAUUUACUUUCAGCAUUACGGAAGAUUCAACAUCGACAAGAUAUGGCGGGACGACAUCUUACCUUGUCGUGUCUAUCUAAGGCACUGUGUAUUGGCAGCAAAGAAUCUGGGAGAUGAAGCUUACAAUAACUUUCUGGAUCAUACAUACUUGGGAGAUCGAAGAACAACCAUCAGAGAGUAUUUAAGUAGCACAGGUUCUGGAAUCAUUGAAGAAGAACCACCUGAGGCUCUCAAGUCCAGAUAUGGCGGUUGAUCAAAUAACCAUGAAAGAAAAAGAAGAUAAACUUCUACAAAACUUUAAACGUUAUAAAAAUAAUCAUUUAAAAAGAAUACCUUAAAUUUUAAUUUUAGCGAAAUUUGAGUUUUGGCUCAGCUUAUAAUAUCCC